AUGGGGCAGACAAUUACUCGUACAUCCGACACUCAAUUCGCACGGUCCGAUGGCUUCAUGCCCGCAAGCGAGCAGAUCAAUAACAUCACCGGACGCUAUAUUCAAUCUGCCCAUGGUAUUAUAUGGCUGAACGAGACGCUUCCGCAAUACAUGACCCGCGACUACGUCCUUGCACCCAUUCAGCCGAAGGAUAUCGUUAGCGACUUGGCUUCAAACUUGACCUGGACAACUCCUACAACAUUGUACAGUCUAGAUUUGGAGUGUGAGACACCCACUAUCAAAGUCAAGAACGAAACUCGUUACAGUGGGGACAUCAACACUGGGAUGGAGACUGUACAAACAGCGAUGUACAUGAGCAGUAGUGGCUGUAGCUUCCCGGCUGAUUACUACAAGACAUUCGGAAACGAGACCAUGGGCCCAAAUCCGGACUUCAAUAACCAAUCCGUGUACGAUACGAAAGAAUUCGCUUCCGUGUACAUCGGCUAUCACCGUACCGAUUUCGCCGACUUUUAUCUUGAAGGACUUUGCCCAGAAACAUCCGAUCGUACCUUCAUGGUGCUGUUCACUCGAAAUAAGAAGUCGAUCAACGAGAAGCCGCAAAACGUAACCAGGCUUUAUUGUACACCCUCAUACUAUCAACAAGAGGUCAUGGCGAGCAUUGAUGCUCUUACGCGGCGUCCUAUCAACAUUACAGCCAAGGGAGACAAAGUGCCGCUUCCAGCCGACAAGUGGAACACAACCUUCUUUGGUUACCAGAUGAACACGGGAAAGAGCGACGUAGAGAACCGUGAUUCACUACCAAUCAAGUACUGGCCCGACCAACUGGAAACAGUCUCCACCCUUCCUCUCAGUUUGGGAUCGCAGGGCGCCAUUCUCAGCGGCAUGGCAGGGUUCUCCAUCGGAACGUCCAAUGGCUCACUGGAAGAGCUCCUGGACCCUGAAGCAUUGAGACGCUCGUAUGAAGCUGCUUAUCGUAUCAUCUUUGCAAGAUCUAUGGUAGAAAUCCUGGAUCAUGAUUUCACCGUCGCGACUAUGGUAAACGGUAGCACUGAGUAUAUGAUUGCGGCUGUCGUUGUCGUUCCAGUGUUUACUUACAUCGUAGAGGGUCUCUUAGGAUUCAUAUCGAUAUGCAGCAUCGCCCUUCUUGUCAUAUCUCUUCGUCGACAAUGGAGCCUGCAAUCCGACCCGGCAACGAUCGCGAGUGUUAUGGCGCUGGUCUCCGAUAACCCAUCGUUACUAGAUGACUUCUCGAAGCUUGAAUGCGCCAAUAUGGAAGACUUCCAAGCGCAUUUGAAGGACAAGAAGUUCUCACUAGAGCAUAGUGAGCGAGGUAAUACUAUUACCGAAGCAGACAGUUUCGACCCGCUGGGUAUUAAUGCUCAUGGUGUUAUUCGUACCGACUCGGAAGAGUCUCAGACCCUAAUACCAGUACGGCCACGAGAGUUCCGUUCUUUCAUGAUACUACCCUUUGUUGGCCUACUGAUAGCUCUUGCGAUCGCUCUUGGCAUUGUGUUAUCGAAGAGCCAGCCUCACGGUAUCGCUAGACCAUCGGAUACGGUUGUUCGCCAACUUGUUACGAAUUAUAUCCCUACUGCACUUGCGACAUUGAUCGAGCCUGUUUGGAUCUUGAUUAACCGCUUAUUGUGCCUGCUACAACCUCUCGAGGAGCUCCGAGGCGGUAAAGCGACCGCACAAAAGUCGAUCAACGCCGACUACAGCUCUCUACCACCACAGCUUGUCGUCUUCAAAGCACUUCGAUCCUCUCACUUCAAACUUGCUGCAGUUUGUCUCAUGGCUCUUCUUGCCAAUGUUCUUGCAGUUGCUUUUUCCGGAGUUUUCGAAGAGCGUUCCGUUAUGGUUCCUAUGGAGAUGUCGUUCGUGCCGCCCUACGAACACAAGUUCGUGUCGGUCAACGGAAGCGUGGGGCCGAACAUGCCGAACCAAGAGCAAGUAUCGUUGAGGCCUUCUGGCGCUUAUACAGGAGGCUUAGGUUCGAACCAGUUCCUAGUUGCCGAGUCCAACUACACUGCAGGUACCCCACUUCCAGCAUGGACCGACGAUCAAUUCAUGUACAUGCCAUUUGUGGACGAAGAACAUCCAAGCACCGAGCCGACCGACGAGCUUCGGGCUCGAACGGAGGCCAUUGGAGCAAAGCUCCAGUGCCGACAGAUCCAGGCCCGGGAUUGGACAGCGAGCUGGUUCAGCGACGGCUUCGACAGGUCCACUUCAAACAUCUCUGUGACGGUGGAUGGCAUCACUUGUGCAAGGAAAGGCAUCAACACAUCUCUGAACCCGUUUGUUGUCGAGGCCACACAAUCCCAAUGUCAGACUGGUAAAGUCGCCUUGGAAUACGCAGGCAUUCUUGAGGCGCGCCAAAACGCCACUUCAGCCGAGAAGAAUUUCUGCGCUGAGCUGGCUGUGCUUGGAUACAUCCGGGACGCAGACAUUUGUUCACGGAAUACGACAACGAAGUUUGAUGAGCAAGGCGCGGUCUUCUUCGGGUGCAACUCCAGACUCGUUGGGGGCGAGGCGAACGUGACGAUCACGAAGGAUGGGCGAGUACAAGAUGUUUCGCAAGCAAAUGUCACUUCGGACCUAUCGCCAGCGUUCCUGGGCCGACACUUCAGUAACGAUGCAUCGAAUCUUUUGCACCAAGGAAACGCCUAUGUUCUAGCGAGAUUUGCGAUACCGAAGUGGCACAACCAAUCAUAUGCUGGCGACUUCAUGAACUACUUCAUGAUCAAGCAAGGUAACAGCAGCCGGUUGACGGAUCCAAGCCAAUCCUUGCCCUCACUAGAUGAGGUGACACGGCACUUGUAUCCCGUCUACAGCAAAUUGUUCGCGAUCUGGCUCGGCGUCAACAAAAGAAAGCUUCUAGUACCACGCGAGAAGGACACCGCUACUAUUGUAGAAGGUCUAGCGAAUGGCCGGCAAACUCGACUCUUUCUGUACAUGCCGCUAUUCGUCGUGGCCGAAAUUAUCCUGGGCGUCUAUGUAGUCGUCGCGGUAUGCAUUUUCCUUUGGCGACCGGGCCGCUUCCUGCCGCGCAUGCCGACUUCCAUCGGUGCCAUUAUAGCGCUCUUCGCAGCGAGCCAGGCCGUGCUGGAUAUGCGUGGGACUAGUCUACUGUCCAGCAGGGAGCGGAGAAAGCAUCUACAGAGCUUGGACAGAACGUACGGCUACGGGACAUUCGUGGGCGCGGACGGGAAAUUGCACGAGGGGAUUGAGAAAGAACCGCUUGUGGAUGCCGUGCCGCUCCGCGGUGUACUAGAAAAAGUACAGACUGGGUUUUCCUCGAAGAGCUCGAUGUUCAAACGAGAUCGGGAUUGA